UCGAGUACAAAACAGAAGCCGCGUGCCCAGAGCCGAAAGGAAUAUGGUAGAUCACUUACAUACACAUGCCAAUCUAUUUCCCGAUACAAAUCUUGGCUCCAACUGUCGUAUAACCCAAUAGGUACCUACAGCGUAACAUACGUACACACACCAACUAUAUACCUACCACACAACAUGGACAAACUAUUGAGUGCUUCGGUGGUACCACUACAGUUUCGUAAGAAUGCGCUUCUUACCGGACAUAUUCCCUACAAGUCACUCGCCUCAGACCCGCGCGUGUCUUACACUAUCUACGUGCCCGCCGAGGCUUACAACCAACGCCACCCCGACGGGGCUGAACCGGGGCCCAAUAAGCUUCCUCUGUUAGUCGCCGUUCACGGAACUAGACGUGACGUUUUUAACGUUUAUGAUCUAGUCCCCUUCGCCGAAUCUACGCCGUGCGCCGUACUGUUACCGUUAUUCCCCACCGGGCUAGACGGACCAAACGAUAUCGACUCUUACAAGCUAUACCGACCUAAAACAGUUCGUCCCGACCUCGCCCUACUGUCGAUGUUGGAUGAGGUGGCAAUAAAAUGGCCUGCCAUCGAUACAGAUAAGAUAUUCCUCAUGGGAUUUAGCGGUGGUGGCCAGUUCUCCCACCGGUUUUUGUACCUAUACCCCGAGAGGUUAGCUGCUAUAAGCAUUGGUGCUCCGGGCCGUGCCACGUUUCUGGACGAAGACCAAAACUGGCCGGCAGGUAUCAAGGAUUCGGAGAGCGUUUUCGGGAAGGCCGUCAAUAAAGAACUUAUCAAAAAAGUCCCCAUCCAUCUCGUAGUUGGAGACCAGGACGCUGACAUUCACGGCGGUGACGAGUUCUGGGUCUGGGUGAAGAAAUACAUGGGCCAACCAGGUGACGGAGAAAAAGGGCCGCAGAUUAUCGAACAAGGACGAUUUAAGACUAUCCACGAUCUGCAGGACUCGUGGAAGCGCGAGGGUAUCGAGUCAAAGCUCGACGUCGUCCCAGGAGUGGCUCAUAAUGCUCGUGGUGUUCGCAGCCUCGUAUUGGAAUUUAUGCUACCCCAGAUUCAAAAGAAGCUCGGAACCUAAACGGAGACAUCAGAAUUUAGCUUCCAUUCUGCUUUAGUUAGCCGCGAUACUUAUUUUUAGCAUUAUUCCACGUAGGCAUUACGGGUAAGCCUAACUCCACCAUAGAUGAUAUCCAGGUACCUAAGCUAUUACUAUAUUUCAACAUGCACAGGAUAAACUCAUGCGCUAAAUAGACAUCAUUAGGAAAUACUGAAAUGACAAUAAUAUAAGUGUACCUACAGCAUUUGUGUUGACUUAGUAUUCCGUACAAAUCAGACCUUGUUUAUAUAAACAUUUUGGCAAGUUAAGUAAUCUAAGAGGGAGGUGGGCAUAGCACCAACAUCCUCUGCCAGUGCGUUGGUAGUGAGUUCCUGAUAAUUAUAGUAUAAAAUCGGAUUGUAUAUACAGUCUUUCUACACGGACCUUUUUUGAUGCGUCAACUAGGUACUCAUAACUGUGGAUGGUCUUUAAUUUCUCAAAAUCAACAAGAAAGGGGAGAGUCUUGGAAUGCUCUACCGCAUUACUAUCGUAUAAUAAAAGCCUAUAUUUACAUCGGUUAGGACA